CCUUCUCCUCCCUGCUCCUUCAGCAUGUACCUUUCCAUGAGGCUCCUCCUGAUCCUCCAAGCUCAGUUACCAUGUGGAAAUGGGAAUUGACUAAGGGUGCCUCAGCCUGGUUUCACCUGCUCCUGCUCUCGCUCCUGCUGGCGCUGCUGUUUUCCUCCCUGCCCUCCGCUGCUGCCACUGACGCCAAUUGCCAUGCUCGCCUGGUCGUUCGCUUGCCCCGCACCACUGGCUCCUCAGCGGUGGUCGGCCGGCACGUGCGCAGCUACGACCACCUCCAGGGAGAUGUGCGUCAGAGGAAGCUCUUCUCCUUCCAGAAGUUCUUCCUCAGGAUUGAUAAAAGUGGCAAAGUCAAUGGCACCAAGAGGAAGGACGACCCCUUCAGUAUACUGGAGAUUAAGUCUGUGGAUGUGGGAGUUGUGGCCAUUAGAGGGCUCAGCAGCAACUAUUACCUGGCAAUCAGCAAGAGGGGGGAGGUGUACGGGGCGAAGGAAUUCAGCAUUGACUGCAUGCUGAAGGAGCGCAUUGAGGAGAAUGGAUACAACACUUAUGCGUCCGCUAAAUGGAGAAACAAGAACAAGCAGAUGUUUGUGGGCCUGAGCGCCAAUGGCAAGUCAAUGAGGGGGAAAAAGACACGGAGGAAGAACACCGCCACACACUUUCUUCCCAUCAUGGUGUAG